UUCAAUUAAAGUCCAGGAUCUCUGGCUUUGGCCUGUGGCCUUUGGGCGCAUUCACAAGCAUCAACAUAUGAUUCCAUGGUAAUAAUAUUACAAAAACAUAAAUCUUCUCAUAACAUAGAUUUUAUCCCAAUGCCUGGACUCCUAGCCUGGUCAAACAAAACAAGAAAAUCCGCCUGCAAUUUCUAUAUAAACUUGGCCAGAGCCUAGAGGAGCCUGGCAGGUAUCACCAACAAAAAAAUGAGCAUCCCACAGGUUACUUUGAGUUCCGGGAAUGCGAAAACCAUGCCUGUUUUGGGACUGGGGACAGCAGCGGAUCCGUUUCCAGGACCAGAGACUGUCGUAAAAGCAGUGCUUGAAGCGAUUGAGCUCGGUUACAGGAUGUUCGAUACUGCUUCUUUUUACCAAACUGAGGCGGCCCUUGGUGAAGCCAUAUUGCAAGCUCUUAGUCUUGGUCUGAUCAAGUCUCGCGAGGAUGUCUUUAUCACUUCUAAGAUCUGGUGCUGUGAUAAUCAUGGCGAUCGCGUCCUCCCUGCCCUGCGAACGACUCUGCAGAAAAUGAAGAUGGACUAUCUUGAUCAAUAUCUUAUACAUUUCCCAGCGAGCCUAAAGCCUGGAGCAACAUUUCCGUAUAAGCCUGAAGAAGUUUUUUCGAUAGACAUUAAAUCUGUUUGGACGGCCAUGGAAGAGUGCCAAACACUAGGCCUUACAAAAUCUAUAGGUGUCAGUAAUUUCACGCGCAAGAAGCUUGCUGAUAUUCUGGCUUUCGCUAAGAUUCCUCCAGCAGUCAAUCAAGUGGAAAUGAACCCGGCCUGGCAACAGAGAAAGCUGAUGGAGUUCUGUAAUGCAAAUGGAAUCACGAUAGCUGCUUAUUCUCCGCUUGGAGGACCAGGUGCCUGUUGGGGAAGCAAAGGAGUGCUGGAAUCUGAGGUUCUUAAGGAAAUUUCAACGUCGAAAGGAAAAUCUGUGGCGCAGGUGGCUUUGAGGUGGGUUUAUGAGCAAGGAGUUGUGAUUGUGAUGAAGAGCUUCAACAAAGAGAGACUAAAGCAGAAUCUGGAAAUUUUUGACUGGGAGUUGACAGAUGAAGAUUCGAAGAGGAUUGCUGAAAUUCCGCAGAGCAGGGCUAGCCUGGCAGAGAUGUUCAUCUCAGAAACUGGCCUUUUCAAGUCACUUGAGCAGCUCUGGGAUGGAGAACAAUAAAUCAAAUUUGAUGAUUGUGAUCUGUGUCAAUUGCUUUACUUUUGUCUAUUUGCACUAUACGUUAUUCUCAACCGUUAAUCUUAGAAUCCUGAUUUCGGUUAGAUGAUACACCUUCUUGAACGAAGAAAACUCUGUCCAUCCGGAUUUAUAACCUUCGAUUUGGUUUAA